AUUUUCUUGUUCUUUGUUUGCUUUCUCUUCGCUUGAUAAAUCUUCGUUCGUAGGGCAGAAUAAAUCGGAGAUCGGAUCAAUAAUCGGGAUUUUCUGGGUUUUUCCUCCGAAACCCUAGAACCCGAUUAGUAACUUCUUACUCACUCAACCUAUCUCUCGAUUGAUCAUGGAAUCAGGCGAUGAAGAGAGUGAGAUACGACGCUAGCUGAAAAAGAUCAGAGAGAAAAGAUUUUGGGAAAGAAUAAAGAUUCGUAUUUUACUAUUUUAAUUGAGGAACAUGAAAAUUUAUCUCCUCCCAAACAGAUCUGUGAUCGAAAAAAACUUUUGAAAGUCGUACGGUUGCCAUCAUCUGGAUUCUGGCGUUUCCAAAGACAGAGAGACAGAAAAAAUGGCGUCUUCAAGCUCUCCCUGCGCAGCUUGCAAAUUCCUAAGAAGAAAAUGCACACAAGAAUGUGUAUUUGCUCCAUAUUUCCCGCCAGACCAGCCUCAGAAAUUCGCAUACGUUCACAAAGUCUUCGGAGCAAGUAACGUCGCUAAGCUUCUCAACGAACUCGCCGCUAACCACCGAGAAGACGCGGUUAACUCUCUUUUCUACGAAGCCGAAGCUCGACUUCGCGAUCCGGUUUACGGUUGCGUCGGUUUAAUCUCAAUCCUUCAACAUCGCCUUAAACAGCUUCAACACGAUAUCGAAAACGCCAAGAAAGAACUCGCUGCUUACGUUGGUCCUCAAGCUAUGCUUCCUAUUCUCCAACCGCACCAAGCUCAACCGCAUUUCAUGUCGCUACCGCCUCAACCGCAGCGACCGUCUUCUUCUUCUUCCGCGUCUGUGCUGACUCAGCAACAUCAUCAUAAUAUGUUGCCGAUGAUGGCUAUUCCAACUGGACAACUCUACCACCACCAGCAACAACAACAACAACAACAGAUUUUUGAGGCUCAGCAAUUAGCAGCGGUUGCGAGAGAGCAACAUAAUGAGAUGUUUAGAGCCUAUGGAGGAGGAGGAGCAAGUAGUACUAGUCCACAUCAUCAUCAAAACCAACCACAAGUUGAGAUUCUGAGGUUUGAUAAUAAUGGUUUUGACUCUGUACCGACCGGCUCGGUUACGGUUACCGGGUUUAAUCAAUUAAGCUCUGGCGGUACAACCGUAACCGGAAUGUCACCGUCUUUGGCUCUUGGUGGUAACUUUGUUGAUAGUCCUCCCACGAAUGAUAAUUACCAUGCGGAUCAGCAAUUACAUCAACAUCAUCAUCAUCAUCAUCAACAGCAACAGCAUCAGCAUCAUGAGGCUCAGUUAUUCAUACCUACACAAUCUUCUCAACCGCUACCGCCUCAAACGCAGGAGACGCACACGCAGCCGAAUUCAGAGACCGAGGAGGGUAGAAGGAAUAUCAUUCGUUCAUCUCGGUGAUUAAUUUCGAAAAAUAAAACAAAAAAAGAGAGAGAGAGAGAUUACAAAAAGAAAAAGAUACGGCCUUUAACCUUCUCGCUUGCUCAAUAACCUCAAAUUUUCCUCUAUUCAAGUUGAAAAUGACUUUGCUCAAGGCAUGACGGACACAACCCGAGUUUCUCUUUCGUUCUAGUUUUGUUGCACUUCCACUGUGAAAAGGCACUCAAUACGUAAAAGUCAAACGACACCCUAAAAAGUCAGCGUUAUUUGGUUGAUUUAGAGUUUUGGCGAAGAAUAUAACUCAAAGGCUCGUAUCAAAUAGAACAAGAGAUCUCCGCUGCAUUUACCCCAACGGAAAAAUAUGUUAUUUUUACAUUUUUAUUACAUUUCCUAUUAUUGAUUUUUGACAUUUCUUUUGGUUUAAUAAGUAAAGAAGAAAGAUAUUAGUGUUUUUGGAUACAAUUCUCUUUGGAGAUUAGAUGCUAAGAGUAGGUCAGUUUCCCUAGUGUAUGACGAUGUCUAACCGAACUUUUUUUUUUUUAAAGUACUACGCCGUAUGAAAUA